GAUGACGAACCACCUGAAAUAACAUACUGCGUAGUCGAAAAUACAGGAACCCUAACCCUUCAAGCUAUCACCCCCACACAACCAAUGCCUUCACAAGAAGAAUUGGAUGCGAAAUUUGCUGAACUUGUGGAGGAGCUUGACUUGACAGCCCCUAAUAAGGCAGCCAUGAUGAGUCUUCCUCCACAGAAAAAAUGGCAGAUAUAUUGCUCAAGGAAAGGAGAAGACACAGUGGACCAUACCCAUGCACCAGAACAUUAUGUUGAAAGACUGCGAACACUAGCUACAUUACAGUACCCUGAAACUAAUACCGAAGAAGAAGUGAGAUCUAGGACCAAACAAAUAGACGGAUUGAAAACAGCACUAAGAACCUCAACGCACAGCUUUGUUAUAAAAUUCAUCGAAUUGGACGGCCUUGUAGCUUUAUUGGAAUGUCUGGAAAGGAUGGACUAUUUUACAGCUCAAAGUUCCAUCCACACUAGUAUCAUAGGGUGUGUUAAGGCCCUCAUGAACAAUUCUACGGGUAGAGCUCACGUAUUAGCACAUCCAACCAGUAUAAAUACUAUAGCUCAGUCGUUGAGUACAGAAAACAUUAAGACCAAAAUCGCAGCACUGGAAAUUCUAGGAGCAGUAUGCCUCGUUUCCGGAGGACACAAGAAAGUUUUAGAUGCCAUGCUACAUUACCAAAAAUAUGCAUUCGAAAGGACGAGGUUUCAAGGGAUCAUAAACGAUUUGGAUCGGUCUACAGGUAUCUAUAGAGACGAGGUUAACCUAAAAACUGCCAUUAUGUCAUUCGUAAAUGCUGUUUUAAAUUACGGCCAGGGCCAGGAAAACCUGGAAUUCAGAUUACAUCUCAGGUACGAAUUUCUGAUGUUGGGCAUCCAGCCUAUCAUAGACAAGCUCCGAGGUCACGAAAAUGAGACAUUGGACAGGCAUCUGGACUUUUUCGAAAUGGUUCGAAACGAAGACGAGAAAGAAUUGGCGAGAAAAUUCCAACAGGAACAUAUGGAUACUAAGAGCGCGACCGCUAUGUUCGAUCUUCUAAGGAAAAAGUUGUCGCAUACUGCUGCUUACCCUCAUCUGCUAUCCCUUCUGGAACACUGCAUACUGUUGCCUCUAGAUUACGGUUCCCAUCCACAGCACUGGUUACUCUUCGACAGGAUAGUUCAGCAAAUUGUUCUACAACAGAAUGAAAGUGGUGCCGUGAAAAAUCCUGAUGUAUCCCCUAUUGAAAUCAACGUCAGAGAAAUCGUUCAUCUCUUGGCGAAAGAGGAAGAGUUGGUUGCUGCGAGAAAGAAGGCUGAAGAAAUGGAGAAGGAGAAUAUCGAUAUGUCGAAUAGGCUCGCAAAGAAGGAACAAGAGUUGGAUCAGAGGAUGCAGGAGAAAGAAGAUCUGGAGACGAGUCUAAGCAGGAUAAAGGAGAGGUUGGAGAAGGAGACGAGCGCUCACAUAGAAACAAGACAGAGAUUCAACGAACUUGAAUAUCGAGCUGCCGACCUAGAUCGCCAAGUAAGCUGCGAAAGAGGUGAACGCCAUCGACUAGAACGUCUGGUCAGCUCCGGUUCCAUCCCAGACGAUGCCAAAGCAAUAGGCCUUAACAAAUCCCUAGAAAUAAACGUAGAAUGUAAAAAUGAAUUCGUGAGCGCGCCGCCUCCACCUCCUCCUUUAGCGCCGCCUCCCCCUCCCGGUCCUCCGGGUCCUCCACCACCGCCCUGUGCUCCACUGGCGGUACCCGCGGAACCGAUGAAAAUGGAAACCGUCAAGAAGAACAUUCCUCAACCGUCUAACCCCUUGAAGAGCUUCAAUUGGUCGAAAUUGCCGGACGCCAAAUUGAACGGUACCAUCUGGAACGAAUUGGACGACAGCAAGUUGUACAACACCAUGGAGUUGGAUAGUAUCGACAAGUUGUUUUGCGCAUAUCAGAAGAAUGGGGUUGCGAAUGAAGGAUCAAUAGAAGACCUCCGACAGCUAGGUAAAAACAGAACCAAAGUCCUUUCCGUUAUCGACAGCAGACGAGCUCAGAAUUGUACCAUUUUGCUGUCAAAACUGAAAAUGUCUGACGAAGAUAUAACGAAAGCCAUACUCAGCAUGGAUAGUAAAGAACAACUGCCAAUAGAUAUGGUGGAACAAUUGCUUAAAUUCACCCCAAGUUCAGAAGAAGCCGCCCUACUGGAAGAACACAGUGAUGAAAUCGACUCUUUGGCGAGGGCAGAUCGGUUUCUCUAUGAAAUUUCAAAAGUCCCACACUACGAACAACGCCUUCGCAGUCUCCAUUACAAGAAGCGUUUCCAAGUAACCUUGAACGAAAUCCUACCAAGAAUCACCAGUGUGAUGGAAGCAUCUCGGGAAGUAUCUCGUUCCAGACGACUGAAAAGAUUACUGGAAAUAGUUCUCGCAUUGGGAAAUUACAUGAACCGAGGCGCCAGAGGUAAUGCUUCUGGAUUCAGACUGACUUCACUCAACAGGCUGGGAGACACCAAAUCAAGUGCUGCUAAGGGUACCACGCUGCUGCAUUAUUUGGUUCAAGUCUUGGAAAGAAAGUUCAGAGAUGUCCUCCGGCUUGAUGAAGAUCUACCUCAUGUCCGCGAAGCAGCUAAAGUGUCUCUUGGAGAACUAAACAAGGACAUGGCUCAACUUAGAGCCGGAUUGAAGGAUGUAGCAAGAGAAAUCGAAUUCCACCUCAGUCAGAGUCCUUUGGCCAAUGAUAAGUUUGUUCCGGUGAUGAGAGAAUUCCAAGCCACAGCUACUUGUCGCUUGGCGGAAGUUGAAGACCAAUAUCAGGACAUGAAAAACCGUUUUGAAAGAGCCGUCCGCCUAUUUGGCGAAGACAGCACCAACGCCCAACCUGACGAAUUCUUCGGAAUUUUCGACACCUUCCUAACCGCCUUCACGGAAGCUCGUCAAGACAACGAGAACAUGCGACGCCGUCAGGAAGAAGAAGAAAAACGAGCCAAACAAGAGGCAGAUCUGAAAAAACUCACCUUGGAGCGCAAACACAGUCGAGAAGGCAUUCUGAGCAACAUCAACAAAACGAUGAGCCUGAAGAGGGGCGAGAAAAAUACAGAGAAGAACGGCGAUAAGGGUGAGUUCGACGAUCUGAUAUCGGCGCUGAGAACAGGAGAUGUUUUCGGUGAAGACAUGGCUAAGUUCAAGAGGUCACGGAAGGGUAGAGUGGGAACCGGCAAUUCGCCCCCUAGAAGGAAUUCGAACAGAGAGGACAGUAGGGAACGUGUGGUUAGUAGUGGCAGAAAACAAUGAAAUCAUUUUGAGGUUGUGUGUGUGUGUUAAGUUAGGACAUGUUUGACGUUAACUCCCUAUCAGAGAUGAUAUCAGCUGAUGAAUUGGUUGUUUAAUAUUGGUGAACGUGAAAGGUUCUUUUCAAAAUGAUAUUUUGGUCUAACUUUUCCUAACUUUCAUUCCAGUUUGUCUGAAUGAUUAUAUUGACCGAAAGAAACAUAAAGCGUUCAAAGAAAACUUGAUAAUGCUUGACCAAAUUCAUACAUAGAAUAUAAUUAUAUAUUCUGCGGACAAACUAGAUGAAUGAAGAUAAUAUUCAUCGAGCUGAAUGUUUCUUUCAAAUUUCUGAACAGACUUUUUGAAAUAUUUCAUUUUUGAUAAUUAGUGCCUGCUAUUCCGCCGCUGAUCAUCUGUGUGAUCCAAAAUGAUUAUAUAGGUAACCAUUUAUUUUCCAUGAACAUACAAUGUUUAUAAGAGGGGAAAUCAAUUAGAAAUUAUUCAAACAAUAAAGAAUACAAUAAAAAUAGAUUUUAGGAUGGAUAUAAAUAACAUAAAAAAAGGCAUUGGAAUCAAAAUUUUGCGAUUUUGAAUUCUACUUGUGAUGAAAAAUGUUUUUCCCAAAUUCAUUUUCCAUUUCAAUUCAUUAAUACAUACAUUUUUUCGUAUUUAUGAUUUUUUAUAAUUGUCAAAUUAUUAUAAUUAUUUCUUGUCUUCCAAUUUUUUACUGAACAUUUUAUAAUAGAAUGUAUUUCAUUGUUCUUUAUUUUUGAAUUUCACAGGGUUUUUUGAGUGAAGAUUUUUCAAAACUUCAGAAAAAUUUCAAAUAAUUCACAUAUAUAUAAUUUUGAAAUCAUCCAUCUUUUUUUUCGAAUAUUACCAAGUUUUCCAAGUCUAUUGUUCAUCAGUGUAAAAACUGAAACAAUUUGGUGAUUUGCGAAAAACCUUUACUCUAUGAAGGCAGUAACUUAUUUUUUCAUUUCAUUUGAACUUUCGACUCUGAAUAAUACACAUCUCAAAUUUUUGAUUGUGGUGAAUCAAUACCUUGAAUUAUCUAUUUUGUGAAUAAAUACCCUGUGCUCCAUCAAUACCCUCACAAUAUUGUGACUUCAUCUUCUUUAGAAACAUAAACGAGGAGUUUGAUAUAUAUAUAUUGAGUGUUAAUUUAUGACUGCUCAAUAACGAUAUUUGGAUAAAUGCAUGUUUUUGGGAUGACUCCGACGCUGCCGUUCUUUCGUAUCCAUAUUUCAUUCAACAACUUAUGCUUAUCGAAUUUUGAAAAGAACCUGCAUUCUCAACAAAUUGAAACGUUCUCCAGUUGAAAAAUGUCUAUAUCAGCGUACUUUGUGAGACUACUAUAUACAUGAAAAUACCAUAUGAAAAUAACCAUUAACCCUGAGUUACAACUGCUUUUAUUGUAAUCAAUGACUGAGUGGUUUAGUAUGAAUUAUAUGUAUUUUUAGGUAUUUUUACAGCACUAUAAUAGAAUUAUAACUACAUCGAAAUACUAAAAAAAAUCGUAGGCUUGAAAAAAAUGUUUGCAAAAUUUUAUAAAUCGUGAAUCAGAACAGAAAUUGAAUAUUUCACUUUGUCUCGCAACAAUGAAAGGAUUUUAUUUUUUAUUUGUUUUACCAGUAGCUUAUAACUUAAUGACGUUGUGAUGAAAAUAUUAGUUUGUAAUUUUUCAUGAACUAGCUAGAUACUUCAUCAUGAAGGAACAUAUACCAUAGAAGUAAUCAAAAAUUCCAGUGGAGGAAUGAACUUGUGAAGUCAGUGGAAAAUGUAUCAGUAUCAGUUUUUUUAAGAAUAAUCUGAACUUUUUAAAGUAUGCGAUUACACUUUUUUAUAUAUGUUUGUAUAAAUAGCGUAGUUUAAUGUUUAUAUACCUGAAAAUUUAGCGAAAUGAUAGUGCUAUGCAUUGAAAUGGAACUGAUAAAUACAUUUUAAUGUUGAAAUAUAUUAUUUGUUAAUUUAUUUAA